GUGUGUGUGUGCAUGUGUGUGUGUGUGGUGUAAAAUGUGCUUUUCAAAGUGCUGAGAGGUUGAUGGGAAUGUUUGAUUAGCUCCUCUCAGAAGAGAAAAGGUGCUUGGACCUCUUCUUAUUUCUUCUUUAGAAUAAUUUGGAUGGGAUCUGUGAUGCAGAAAAGCUUAAGGAAAAAAGGAUAUCCAUUCUCUGUGGUGGAAAAUUUUUGAAAAAAAAUUGCUUUCUUCAAACAAGGGUGCCAUUUUGAUAUCUAUGGGGAUUGUUGUCCUCACCAUGAAGGCAUCUGUUAUUGAAAUGUUCCUUGUUUUGCUGGUGACCGGAAUACACUCAAAUAAAGAAAUGACAAAGAAGAUUAAAAGGCCCAAAUUCACUGUGCCUCAGAUCAACUGUGAUGUGAGAGCUGGAAAGAUAAUCAAUCCCGAGUUCAUUGUGAAAUGUCCAGCAGGAUGCCAAGACCCCAGGUACCACGUUUAUGGCACUGACGUCUAUGCAUCCUACUCCAGCGUGUGUGGCGCUGCGGUUCACAGUGGUGUGCUCGAUAACUCAGGAGGGAAAAUACUUGUUCGGAAAGUUGCUGGACAGUCUGGCUAUAAAGGGAGUUACUCCAAUGGUGUCCAGUCGUUAUCCCUUCCACGAUGGAGAGAAUCCUUUGUCGUCUCAGGUGAGACCACAAAAGCCUAUCAGAGCCCAUCAGCUCCCGGGACAACCGCACAGCCAGUCCCCCUGAUGCAAGUACUGGGGACCGCCGCAGCUGAAGGCACCCACACCACCUUGUCAAAGCCACCCCCAUCUGCAGGCUCUACCACCAGCAGCCUCAGACCACAGCCCGUGGGCCAGAGAAGCCAGGAGCUGGGGGAACCUGAAUUGUGGAAACCUGGAUCGGUGCUUCUAGAUGCAGGAUUUGUUCCAAAAAAAGAAUUAAGCACACAGUCUUUGGAGCCAGUAUCCCAGGGAGAUCCAAGCUGCAAAGUGGACUUGUCAUUUUUAAUUGAUGGGAGUGCGAGCAUUGGCAAACGUCGAUUCCGAAUCCAGAAGCAGUUCCUGGCCGACGUUGCCCAAGCUCUUGACAUUGGCCCUGCAGGUCCACUGAUGGGUGUUGUUCAGUACGGAGACAACCCUGUUACCCAGUUUAAUCUCAAGACUCACAUGAAUUCCCGGGAUCUGAAGACAGCCAUAGAGAAAAUUACCCAGAGAGGAGGGCUUUCUAAUGUAGGCCGGGCCAUCUCCUUUGUGACUCAGAAAUUCUUUUCCAAAUCUAAUGGAAACAGAGGCGGUGCUCCCAACGUGGCCGUGGUGAUGGUGGACGGCUGGCCCACGGACAAGGUGGAGGAGGCAUCAAGGUUUGCAAGAGAGUCAGGAAUCAACAUUUUCUUCAUCACCAUGGAAGGUGCCUCUGAAAAUGAGAAGCAGUACGUGCUAGAGCCCAACUUUGCAAACAAGGCUGUGUGCAGAACGAACGGCUUCUACUCGCUCAAUGUGCAGAACUGGUUCAGCCUCCGCAAGACCGUGCAGCCCCUGGUGAAGCGGGUCUGUGACACCGACCGACUGGCCUGCAGCAAGACCUGCUUAAACUCGGCCGACAUUGGCUUCAUCAUUGACGGCUCCAGCAGCGUAGGGACGGGCAACUUCCGCACGGUUCUCCAGUUUGUGGCCAACCUCAGCAAAGAGUUUGAGAUUUCCGACACGGACACGCGGAUCGGGGCCGUGCAGUACACCUACGAGCAGCGGCUGGAGUUUGGGUUCCACAUGUACAGCACCAAGCCUGACGUCCUCAAUGCCAUCAAGAGAGUGGGGUACUGGAGUGGUGGGACCAGCACGGGGGCUGCCAUCAACUACGCCCUGGAGCAGCUCUUCAAGAAGUCCAAGCCCAACAAGAGGAAAUUAAUGAUCCUCAUCACUGACGGGAGGUCCUAUGACGAUGUCCGAAUACCGGCCAUGGUCGCCCAUCACAAGGCAAUUCACUUGGUUUCUUUGGCAUCUACUCUCCUGCCGCUGCUCCCUUCAAGCUACCAAUAUCUCGUUUUUGUUUCUUCUGAAUCCAAAGAGCGCUUUUCCCUUUCAUCUUCCAUGACCUCCUGCAUCAGUCAACACUGCCCGCCACUUCCUUAUCGGAGUGAUCAUCUACGCCAUAGGCGUGGCAUGGGCUGCACAGGACGAGCUGGAAGUCAUCGCCACUCACCCUGCCAGGGACCACGCCUUCUUUGUGGAUGAGUUCGACAACCUCUACAAAGCGGUUCCCAAGGUCAUCCAGAACAUUUGUACAGAGUUCAACUCACAGCCUCGGAACUAAAUUCAGAGCAGGCAAAGCACCAGCAGAUGCCGCUUUCCCGACUGGCUCUGGGACAAUCCCCAAUGCUUUAUGGGACACACGUGGGGCAGCAAGGCACUUAGGGCUUGGAAACCGCAUGUUAUUUUUCUUUGCCAGUGUGGUUUUUCAUACUUCGAAACACAGAGUUAGAAAGGUGAUCAUAAAUUUGUAGAAUGAGCCAAAAUGAUACAUUGUUUUGGGAAUGCUGGGGAUUUUACAUUUUGAGAAUUGUUUUCAAAAUAAAAACUGAGAAUAGAACACAGCACUUACAAAGGCUUAACUAGAGCUUUUGUGAGAUUUGUAACAUUUUUAUUCCCCAUUAGAAUUCUGUAACUCUCCACAAGUUUCCUUUUUGUCAUGACAAUAGAGGAGUUGCUUAAUUAAAUGUUUGAAAGGAUUUCAUGCAGUCACUCUGACCAUGUCAUGGGUAGUGUUCACAGGGUUUGUGGCAGGGCCACCUCUCUGCUCUACUCAUACCCCAGAGCACCUGCCGUGCACUCUCUCCUGGCCCAAGGUGACAGCGCACCCUCGGGGGUGCAGAGACAAGGUGACAGCAGCACGGCUGCUCCCGAUUUACCUCCCUGGUCUCUAUUAUCAGAAUCACUGUGUUGCCGCAGUAUAUGGAGCAGUUGGGGAAUGGCCCUGGAGGACCACACUGACCUGGCUUUAAAAGUGGUGCAUCAGGCUGGUGCAGCCGCUCUCAGCCCGAGCUGCACAUUAGAAUCACUUGAGAGUAAAAUGCUUGUUCCCAGGCCCCGCCCUAAUCCAGUGAAAGCUGAGUCUCUGGGAAGGGAGCCUGAGCAUUGGCAGGUGGUACUGAUGAUCUGCUGCCAGGAUUGAGAACUACUGAGCUGCCUCGGAGGGGUCAGUGUUAGAGCUGUUUCCUGGGAGAGCCCCUGUUUAUGCCUGUUGUUCUGAGUCCCCUUUAGUUUAGCAUUUGUCUUGCAUAUUUCAUUUGUUAACUAGAUACUGUUAUUACUAGUUGCAUUAAAAUAAGCUGGCAUGGG